CCCCCUCCCCCCAAUCCGCGCCUUGGUGCGGGCGAGGUAGCGGCGGUAGACGAGACGAGCAAAGCUGAGCGCCGCCACCCAUGGAGUCGCUCGCCCUCCUCACCGCCAAGCCCGGCCUCUCCCUCCGCGCGGGGCCCCGCCUCCCCCUCCCGCGCCUCCGGCCCGCCCGCGCGUCCCUCUCCACCGCGUCCAGCUCCAGGCCCGCCGCUCUCCAAUCCCCACUCCUCUCGUCGAGGCCCCCCUCCUCGCAGGACGCCGUCCUGGGAUAUGGGCUCUUGAAGCGCAGGGCUAGUGCUGGUGCUGGCGUCUCUUGCAGCGCGGCGGCCGCGGCCGCGGCGGCGGAGCCACAGCCCCCGGCGCUGCCGGAGGUCAAGAAGUUCCUCGGCGUGGGCCUCCCGACGCUGAAGAAGAUCGUGCCCCUGGGCCUGAUGUUCUUCUGCAUCCUCUUCAACUACACCAUCCUUCGGGACACCAAGGACGUGCUGGUGGUGACUGCCAAGGGGAGCAGCGCGGAAAUCAUCCCCUUCCUCAAGACCUGGGUCAACCUGCCCAUGGCCAUCGGCUUCAUGCUGGCAUACUCCAAGCUCUCCGACGUGCUCUCCCGGGAGGCGCUCUUCUACACCGUCAUAUUCCCCUUCAUCGCCUUUUUCGGCCUCUUCGGCUUCGUGCUCUACCCGCUCAGGGAUGCCAUCCAUCCCACCGCUCUCGCCGACAAGCUUCUGGCGGCGCUCGGCCCGAGCUUCCUUGGACCUGUAGCUAUCCUCAGGAUUUGGAGCUUCUGCUUAUUCUAUGUCAUGGCCGAGCUAUGGGGCAGCGUCGUUGUCUCUGUCCUCUUCUGGGGUUUUGCCAACCAGAUCACCACAGUUGAUGAAGCAAAAGAGUUCUACCCUCUGUUUGGCCUUGGGGCAAAUAUUGCCCUUAUCUUUUCCGGGCGUACUGUGAAGUAUUUCUCAAAUUUGCGGAAGACAAUGGGUCCAGGAGUUGAUGGUUGGGAGGUAUCUUUGAAAGGAAUGAUGGGCAUAGUGGUACUUCUUGGGCUUGUCAUUACUUCCAUUUAUUGGGGAGUGAACAAGCUUGUUUUGAAUGACCCUUCUCUUCCAAAAUCUGAUCACAAGAAGAAAAAGAACAAACCUAAGCUUAGCAUGAAAGAGAGUAUGAAAGUUCUGAUCUCUUCAAAAUAUGUGAGGGACCUUGCUACCUUAGUUGUUGCAUACGGCAUUAGUAUCAAUCUUGUGGAAGUCACAUGGAAAUCGAAGCUCAAGGCACAGUUCCCCAGUCCAAACGAGUACUCAUCCUUCAUGGGUGAUUUCUCUACUGCAACUGGAAUUGCAACUUUCACGAUGAUGCUGUUAGGUCGGAUUAUAUUCCAAAGAUUUGGCUGGGGUGUAGCCGCCAUGAUCACCCCCACAGUUUUGUUGGUGACUGGCGUUGGUUUCUUCUCUCUGAUUUUGUUUGGGCAACCAUUGACUCCCCUGCUUGCCACGUGGGGUAUGACCCCUCUUCUUGCGGCUGUUUAUGUGGGUGCCCUGCAGAACAUAUUUAGCAAGAGUGCAAAGUACAGUUUAUUCGACCCGUGCAAAGAAAUGGCCUAUAUUCCUUUGGAUGGAGAUAUGAAGUUGAAGGGAAAGGCAGCCAUUGAUGUUGUCUGCAACCCAUUGGGCAAGUCCGGUGGUGCGCUGAUCCAACAGUUUCUGAUCCUGAUAUUUGGCUCUUUGGCAAACUCGACGCCCUACCUUGGCGGUAUACUGUUGGUCAUCGUGCUUGCAUGGCUAGGUGCGGCAAGAUCAUUGGACAAGCAAUUCUCAAGCUUGGCCAAAGAGGAUCUCCGAAAGGAGAUGUCAAAAGAGAAAGUAGAAACGGCAACGCCCAAGGAAUCCGAGGCGGCUACUGAUGUAUUGGUGGAGCAAUCAAAUGGAACAGCAGCGACUGAAACAACUGGAACUGAUAACUCACCAUCAAACUCAUCUCCAGCUCAAUAGACCGGUCAACCUUGUUUGGAGAAGCCAUAGGCAGGAGGAGAUUGGUUAUGUUGAGCAGAAAUAAUGAUGAAGGAACGAUUGGCGAUUUCUUCCAAAUUUGUAACAGUGAGCAGCAUCAAGAGGUGCUGGUUAGUUUGUAAUGUAAGCAAAUUUUGACAACUGGCCUGGAAGGCUAGGUGAGCAGGUGUGGAAAUUCAACCAUUGUUGCAAUUC